AAACUCAACGGAGGCAGAGGCCGAAGCGCAGCAGGUGGCAGCCACUGACAUGGAGGAGAGAAUGGAAGAAGCAGAAGAACAAGAACAAGUGAAAGGGUGUUUGAGCAAGUUCAUCGACGAUGGCACAGUGGAGAGUCACAGAUACUACUUAUCUCGCAAAACCACUCUCGAAAUGCUCAGAGACAGAGGCUACUCUGUCUCCCCUCAAGAUAUCGACCUUUCUCUCUCCGAAUUCCGCAACAUCUACGGCCCUUCCCCCGACACCGACCGUCUCCGCCUCUCCCUCCCUCACGCCUCCAACCCCUCCAAAAGGGUUUUGGUCAUUUUCUGUGGGACAGGGGUUGUCAAGGUCUCUGACGUGAGGAACAUUUCGGGGCAGAUUGUAAAUAGGGAGACUUUGACUGGGUUGAUUUUGAUAGUGCAGAAUAAUAUCACUAGCCAGGCCUUGAAAGCGGUCAAUUCAUUCUCCUUCAAGGUUGAAAUUUUCCAGAUCACGGACUUGCUUGUUAAUAUUACAAAGCAUGUGUUGAAGCCAAAGCAUCAGGUGCUGACUGAUCGGCAGAAAAAAAAUCUCCUGAAGAAGUACAAUAUCGAAGAAAAGCAGCUUCCCCGCAUGCUACAGACAGAUGCAAUUGCACGAUAUUAUGGACUUGAGAAGGGGCAAGUAGUUAAAGUUACCUAUAGUGGUGAAAUCACCCAGAUGCAUGUCACAUAUCGAUGCGUUUGGUGAUAGAUUACAUAGUUUCUUGUGCUCUCUUUUGUGUUUUGCUGGUUAAAGUCGUAGUACUCAACAUUGUAUCAUAUUAAGUUUAUGAUUGCACUAAUCCAGAUGAUCAAUCCUAAUGCUCUGAACUUUAUAAACCCUUGAAGAACAACAACCUGUGUUGAAAAAAUCCGUUAACAUUUUCUUUUGCA